AUGGGUGCCAAGGCGAAGAAAGCUCUAAAGAAGAACAUGAAGAAGAUUUCUGCUUCGGCUGCUGCUUCUUCUUCUUCUCAGCUAGCUGUUCCCCAGAACCCGAAACCGUCGGCUGAUUUUUUGCCACUAGAAGGUGGUCCAGCUCGCAAAGCUCCAGUGACCAAGCCUCUUGAGAGUAAAGCCACGGUACUAUACAUCGGUCGACUCCCUCAUGGGUUCUAUGAGACUGAGAUUGAAGCUUUCUUCAAGCAGUUUGGAACAGUUAAGAGAGUUAGAGUCGCCCGAAACAAAAAGACUGGGAAAUCAAAGCAUUUUGGGUUCAUACAGUUUGAGGACCCUGAGGUGGCGGAAAUCGCAGCGGGUGCAAUGAACGACUAUUUGUUGCUCGAACACAUGCUCCAAGUCCGUGUCAUUCCACCAGAGGAUGUUAAACCGAAUCUGUGGAAAGGGUUUAAGUUACAGUACAAACCAGUGGAUUGGGUUCAGAUCGAGCGUAAACAACAUAACAGGGAAAGGACAUUGGAAGAGCAUAGGAAAAUGCUGCGCAAGGUAGUGAAAAGAGACCAGAAGAGGAGAAAGAAAAUUGAAGACGCUGGAAUAGAAUAUAACUGCCCCGAGCUUGUUGGUAAUACGCAGCCACUCCCCAAGAAGAUCAAGUUUAGUGAAGACUAA